AUGGCAAGCUUUCAAUCUUACAAACUGCUGGAGAAUGGAGAACCGGCGCCGGAGGACGAGCAUGACCUCCCGCUUGAAGAGGUCGCGCUCGGUAAAGGCAAACGGAGUUUCUUGGACUCGACACAAACCGUAAGAGGCUUGCUCGAGUGUGGCAGCCAAAGAGUUGAAGAGCUUAGGGCGCGUCUGCCCGCGCGACUCAGGCCAUUCUGCAAUCUCUGGACCUCUGCGAUCGUCCUCGGAAUCAUGCUACUAGUUGUUCUAUUCCUUCUGGUGGUUAAUGGCUUUGGUGGCUCUUAUGCACAGGAAGACGUCCUACCGUACAUCGACCCGCUCAUUGGCACGGGGCCUGGUGGCCAUGUAUUCGCUGGACCAACCCUGCCCUUCGGCAUGGCGAAACCAGUUGCAGAUGUGGCAGGAGAGCAUAUGGGCGGGUUUGCCUCUGAUACAACUCCCAUCAUGGGCUUCAGUCAUUUGCAUGAUUCAGGAACUGGAGGAUCGCCAUCGAUGGGAAACUUCCCGCUCUUCCUUCACCCAAGUUGUCCGAAUGUGACCGCAUGCAAGUUCAGCAAAGGGACUCGUGAUACGCAUUAUCUACCCGAGUCGGUUGCUGCGAGGGUUGGAUACUUCUCGAUCGAUCUUGUGUCUGGUUUCCGUGCAGAGAUUGCCGCUUCUGAACGGGCAGCUUUGUACAAAUUCUCUUUCACCAAUGCAACAGACCUUAACCCCCUCAUCCUAUCUGAUGGCUCAGACUUGCCCGGAUCAAAUGGACCUCGAAGCUUGUGGGUCAAUCCGGAGACUGGCCGAAUCACUGCAUCAGGACGAUUCAAUCCAUCGUUUGGGCAGGGAACGUAUAUGACCUACAUGUGUACCGACUUCAAGGGCGCCAAGGUUCAAGAUAUCGGAAGCUUCAACUACUCUACUGUGUUGCCUGGAGUCGCUGCAGCAGUCUCCGCGAACCAGUUCUACGCAGCUCGCUUGGGAGUGUUUACGCGAUUCAAGGAUGUCAAGCCGGAAGACCAGAUCUAUGCUCGAGUGGGACUCUCUUGGCUGAGUGUAGAGCGCGCAUGUGAGAAUGCUGAGCGCGAGAUCAAGGAUUGGAACUUCGACCGUUUGGUCAAGGAGUCAGAAAACGCAUGGCGCAAGAAGCUUGCGCCGAUCUCGUUGGACUCGACUGGUGUUGACAAGAGUCAUCUGCGAAACUUCUGGAGUGGUGUCUAUCGAGCCUUCAUCAACCCGCAGGACUAUACUGGGGAGAAUCAGCUGUGGAAUUCGACCGAGCCGUACUACGACAGCUGGUACUGCAUUUGGGACACCUUUAGGGGUGUGCAUCCGUUCUAUAUGCUGGUCGACACAAGAUCGCAAUCGCGCAUGGUGCGUUCCUUGAUCGAUGUCUACAAACACCUCGGCUGGCUGCCUGAUUGCCGAAUGUCAUUCUGUAAGGGCUUGACUCAGGGAGGAUCGAAUGCAGAUGUCAUCAUUGUGGACUCGUACGUAAAGAAGCUGAAAGGUGUAAAUUGGGAUGAUGCAUACGCUGCAAUUGUCAAGGACGCUGAAGAACAGCCAAAGAACUGGGACAUUGAAGGACGAGGCGGCCUCGAUAGCUGGAAGAAGCUCGGCUACAUUCCUUACAAGGACUCCUCAUCAGGUGGUCUUCGAACUCGGUCAGUAUCGCGGACGUACGAGUAUGCUUACAACGACUUCUGCAUCGCCGAAAUGGCGAACGCUACCAACCGACAGGACGACUACCAGAAGUACACUAACCGCGCAGACAACUGGAAGAACCUCAUAGACUGGGACCUCGAAUCGAUGGGCUUCAAAGGCUUUCCCCAACCACGUCUAGCGAACAGCACCUUCGUCUUUCAGAACGCCACCCUCUGCUCCCACCUCAACAACUUCGACGGCUGCUACCUCAACCCCUCCGGGCACGAAACCUACGAAGGUAGCCCAUGGCUUUACCUCUUUUACGUCCCUCACGACAUGGCCGGCCUCGUCGAAUCCCUCGGCGGCCGCGAAGCAUAUCUAGAACGACUGCACAAAUUGCACAAUAGCGGCGUCCUGUACAUGGGUGAUGAACAAGCCUUCUUAACCGCUUUCUUAUACCACUACGGUGGCCGCCCUGGUCUCUCUGCGAAAGAGACUCACCGCUACAUCCCCAGCAUGUUCAACGAUACUAUCGAAGGCAUUCCCGGCAACGACGACAGCGGCGCAAUGGGGACAUUUGUCUUCUUCAGCAUGCUCGGGAUCUUCCCCAACGCAGGACAAUCAGUCUACUUCAUUAUUCCUCCUUUCUUCCCGAGUGUGAGUAUUAAGAACCCGCAGACGGGAAAGACAGCGACUAUACGGAAUGUCAAUUUCGACCCGACAUAUAAGAAGAUGUAUGUACAGAGUGCGAGGUUGAAUGGGAGGGGAUAUAGGAAGAAUUGGAUUGAUCAUAGUUUCUUUUUGGAUGGUGGGACGUUGGAAUUGGUCCUCGGGGAGAGCGAGAGCGAGUGGGGAACGAGGGAAGAAGACUUGCCGCCUAGUAUAUCGACAGGAUUGUUCUUAGGGUGA